GUUCGGGUCUGUCACCUGCCAAGAGUGUCGCGACUCGGGACAAACAAUGCUGGGAAAGUGGUUCUUGGAAGUGUAUGACGAAAUUCCUCUCUUUCUCAACUGGGAAUUGCAGCGGGAUGGCGGCCACCGAGGGACGAAGUCGGAGCAGAAUUGCGACGGUUGUUCUUCUACUCAUACUGUCACUGUCGUCCGUUACUGUGGCAUACCGGCCGGGAGACAUCGUUCCGAUGAGCAAGAUGGGGCAGUACCACUCGUCCAGAACCAUGUGGCAUGAUAUGAUCGGCAAGCAUUGCCCCAUUUUUGGCGUCAAUCGCGAGGUUUUGGUUCCGAUCGCAAAGCCCACGGGUUACACCGGUGCAGAUCCUUACAAGAUAUCGUUUCAAGUAGGAAGGGAAAAGUAUCAAACUCCGUGGCUUUACGUGAUAAAUAGGAAAAGUUCUGAGGUUCCUAUGAUUGAUGUGCAUUUGAGGUAUGCAGGUGGUGAUUUGCAUGGUAUCACUUCGCAAGUUGUAGAUAUGCCUCAUCACUAUGUGGAAAUACACCCCAACAUCCGUAAACAAUUUUGGGAUCCUCAGCAUUGGCCCAAGCAUGUUCUUGUGAGAUACACUUGGGAGGAGCAUUCUGAUAUAGAUGUGGCUGCUGGUUUUUAUGUUUUGUUCGGAUCAGGUAAUCCUGGUUCCUAUAUUAAACAUACUAGAGCUGUUAUCUUGUAGCACUGAUGAUUAAUAGGUGUACUUUAUUACUUGAAAAAGUGCGUCUGUCUAAAAAUGUUUUGAUGCAUUCAAACAGGCCUUAUGAUGUCUUUCAUUCUCUCAAUUUACAUCCUGCAGUCAUCACGGGACAAAUUAGCGAGAUUUGUUAGGGAGACUGUUGGGGAAGGCGGCAUUCCCUCUGGAGUCAUUGCAAAGGUUGAAUGAGGAAGAGCUAUUGAAGGCUCCAUAAAUGGGUCUUUGAAGGUGGCAGUUAUUCUUACAUGCAAGGUUACUGGUUUCUCUCCAGCAAUUUCUACUUGAGAAGAUUUAUCUGAAAGCUGAAGCAGAAAUAUCGAGGUCUCCCAAAAUGUGUUGGAGGACAUUGGUGUUGGUCUGAUGAGUAGGAAUGAACAGGAUCUAUCUGUUAUGCAUAGUCAAACCUUUCCUGUACUCUCUCUAGUAGAACACUAGAUUCGAUAUGGUUAGCAAAUGAUUGUAUCAAACUCACUUUUGUUGUGUUAUUAGAUUUUCUGUAAUGAGAUUUCAAAGCCAGGGGAUUUAUGUCGUGGUGACUCUAAACAUGUGAGGCGCUCAUUGGGAAAUUUUAUCUAUUUGUUAUGGGGUUAAUUACAAGGUUGG